CACACCACAUCCUUUUGGGCUGAAAGAUGCGCAGCAAACUUGUUAACAUGACACUCAGGGACACCAGUAAUAUAGCAGGAAAGUCAACAAUACUUGGUGUACUGAAGCAUACUUAGACAGGCCACAGUGUUGGAGAGACAGCUGGUGCAGUAAGGGUGUUUUUCUUCUUUUGAUGUGUGAUGGAUUCUGUUUUUCUCACCGUUAUUCUUGUCUCUUCUUUUACAGUAUUUUCCUCUUACUCUGGCAUCACAGAGUGGGACGAUGUUGUGUUGGCUCGAGAAGGCAUGCCUACGACCUUGGUCUGUGCUGAUGCAACAGUGAGGGGUGCUGUGGCCAUUAACUGGAUGGUGAAGCCACUUGGUGUGGAUGAAUGGAAACUGAUUCUCUCAGCCAACGAAAGGGAAGCAUUCUCAGGUCAUGCCUCGAAGGCAUCCAUGCGCUUGACCGACCCCAACUUUAAAGACACCGGGAUUUUCUCUCUGUUCCUUCUUCCCAGAAUGGAGGACAGCGGUCUCUACUCAUGCUUGAUAAAGCAACACGAGAGGAAACUGAGUGAAAAGAUUAUUCUUUUAGCCAUCCUUACAGUCACAGUUGUACCUGCUGCACCCAUUCCUCAGCACAGCACCUUGCAGCUGAUUGCCAGUGUUAAUCCUGUCAAUGUUGUCACCAAGAUCACCUGGGCAGCACCUGGCGGCAUUUCCAUUAAAAGCGAGAAAAAGCGAAACACAGGAACAGUGGCCAAACUGCCUCAGGUUCUAUACAGCGACAACGGGACCUAUGUCUGUAUGGUUCACCUGUGGGGUAACAGCAGCAACACUCUUGUCACCUUCAAUGUGGACGUGACUGUUGAUGCUGACAAUGUGGCCUCAUUUACCAAUGUAACAUAUGAAAAAGAUAUCUCCACCGCCACUCAGGCUGAGAUACCCUUCCUCCUGACCUGUCCUGUUGUCCAGGGGGACUACGUCCGUCUGCAGUGGCAACCUCCAGGCAGAAGGCACAGUGAAAUGAGACUGGUGCACCAGUACAACCGCUGGAGGGGUUCCACCUUCUUGACUGAGCACAGCAAGAAACUCCAGUUUGCCGGCCAACCCUACAAUGCAGAGGCCGGUAGCUUUUCCUUUCUUCUCAGACCUGAGUGGAAAGACGGCGGCCUGUAUGUCUGUGAAGUGAUCCUCGAUGACAACGCCUCAAUGCAGAGGACCAUCCUCAGCGUGCUGAAAGUUACAACCAGUCAUUCCUCCUCAAAGCUGCAACUGAGGUGCCUGUAUUCAGAGCUGUCCCAAGUCCAAAGUGCUGCUUGGGAAUACCAGGAUACAAGUCGCCGGCUGCAUUUGUUAAGCACCGGGCCUGGCAGCAUCACCACCAUUCUACCCUUACCCAUCACCUCUGACACAGCUGGGAACUACACCUGCACCCUACAGCUGAAAAAUGGGCGGACCAUCUCAGCAACGCAAGCUGUCACACUGCCCAAUAAAGGUGGCACGGAUGUUGAGAGUGUCAGUGUGACUACCCCCUCCCUGCUCCCUUCUCUCUCUGCUUUAUUACUCCUGGUGCCCCUGGUUGCUGUUGCUGUCGGUGUGUUGCUAUGGAGACAGAAACACAUUUCUGAUCACGGUAUUGAGCAGACUCUGUCUGUCCAUUCGGGUGAAGCAGAGAACAUCUAUGAAAAUCCUGAGGAUAUCAGACAGGCUCCUCCCCAGGGCUCAGUCUACAUGGAUUUGAAGCCAAGAGGAGAUGAUGAUGUCUAUAAGGAACUGGAGCGAUACUAACAGUGUCAGAGCUGAUCACCUACCCACAUCUCAUCCUCAUCCAGCUGUCACAUUGGCUCAGGUCCCAGCUGCAGCAGAAGGCCUUUAUAAACAAAAGUAACAACUGAAUGUCAGAGUUGUGAUUUGAAGGAAAACUUCCGUGCUUGAGGGAAAUGCAACUAAAUUGUUUGAAUGUUUUUUUGUAUUCUAAGCUAUUGCUCUUUAAUAGUACUUUUUUUUACUGAUUUGCUUUGAUGACUGCAC